AUGGAGAGCCUGAGCAGCAGCCUGAAGAAGAAAGCCACAGAGCAGCACUACAGGGCAGAGGCGAUGAUUGCUGGAGAGCAACUGAGGCUUCGCCUCCACGAUGGGAAGCUCAUUAAGGACAGACGUUACCACCUCCGAACAUACCCAAACUGCUUCGUGGCAAAGGAGCUCACAGACUGGCUGAUUGACCACAAAGAAGCACCGGACCGAGAGACGGGCAUCCGCCUCAUGCAGAAGCUGAUGGACCAUUACAUCAUUCAUCACGUCUGCGACGAGCACUCGGACUACAAGGAUGCCAAGCUGCUGUACCGCUUCCGCAAGGAUGACGGGACCUUCCCUCUCAGUAAGGACGUGAAGGUCUUCAUGAGAGGGCAGAGCCUUUACGAGAAGCUGGUGAGCGUGGAAGAGUCAAUUCUGAAGGUGAGAGAGGAGAACUCAGUGAAGUACCAGAGGACUUUUCUGGGCUGCGAGAUGAUUGACUGGCUCGUUCAGGAGGGAGAAGCAGAGAACCGAAAGGAAGCGGUGGAGCUGGGACGGGCGCUGCUGGAGCAUGGGAUCAUUCAGCAUGUCUCCAAUAGGCAUCACUUCUUUGACAGUGACAUCCUCUACCAAUUCUGGAUCAACUUUCGACGGAGGCGUCGUCUCACAGAGUUACUCAACGAGAACUCUUCUCGCGCCCUCUCUGAGAGCCCAGACAGCCCCUUCUGUCUUCGCAAGCUCAACCCGGACCCUGGCAACACCAGCUUUCUCUCUGUCCAGACCAACAAGGAGAUCAAAAUUGUCUCAGCAGUUCGAAGGAGCAGCAUCACUUCCCUUGCUGGAAACUCCAACCCCUAUUUCAGCACUACUCCUACGUUGGUAUUCCCUCCUGUGGCUGAGUGCAACCCCAAAUCAGUGUUAAAGAGACCCGUCACCAAUGAAGAGCUCCUGUCCCCUGGGGCCCCCUACAUCAAGAAAACACUAACUAUUGUGGGGGAUGCGGUGGGCUGGGGGUUCGUGGUUCGAGGAGGAAGACCUUGCCACAUCCAGGCAGUGGACCCAGGAGGACCCGCUGCUGCUGCAGGGAUGAAGGUGUGCCAGUUUGUUUUCUCAGUGAAUGGUAUGUACGUUUUGCAUCUGGACUAUCAGACCAUCAGCAGCCUCAUCAUGACAGGACCACGAACUCUCGUGAUGGAAGUCAUGGAAGCCAUUGAAUGAGUGAAGGAGUCUCAUCCCACCGCUGUUUGGAAAGGCAGGACACUCCACUAAGCAAGGAUGGACUGUGGAGAGGG